GAUCAGUCAUAAUUUUGAAUGUAGCAUUAUCUCUAUGACAACAAAUGGCGGAAGUUAUAAAAACAAACAAAGCUUGAGUAAAAGAAACCACUCUAGUUCUUUAUAUUGUGUAAUGAUGAGUGAAAAUAUUGAAUUAAAAUCGUUUCCAUCUAGCUUUAGGAAGGAUAAUGACAUCGAAGAAUACCAUGAAAUAGAUGAAAAGGCUAUUUCUGAACCGAAAACACAUUCGCUACGCCGGGCUUCGAAAGUUCAUUCAAAAACUAUCACCGAAGAAGAUUUCUUUACAGAAUACGAAGUGAAGUACGCUCAUAAGAAGCCAGGCAAGAAAAAACAUACCAAAAAGAAAACAGACACCUCAAAUUUAAUGGAUAUAAUUAACUCUGAAUUAGCCGGGCUUACUCCCCCAGUGACCGAAGAAUUAGUGACUAUGAAGAUUGAUAAUUCGAAGCCAUUAUUAAACAGAUAUUUAAGAAGUUCUGGGAUACAAAUGUUUAAAAAACCUCUUUGCUUUAUACCGGAGCAUGGCUAUGGAGACAAGUUACUCACAACAGUUUUAAACCCUGUAUACCCAAAAGUGCUGGAAUAUGCCGUAACAGAAUAUCAACCUAUACCAGUUCAGUAUAUGGAAGCUGAAAAGUUUGAAGACGUCGUGGCUACAAAUGAAUCUGACGACGGAUUAAGUAAAUUUCUAGAUUUGACAAUUAAAAAUAUUAAAUUUAAACAUCACCAUGAAUUGUCUUUAGAAGAAUUACUUUGUAAUAAACUUGAUGAAAUAUACAAUGAGUACAAACGAAAUGAGAGAAUGCUAAGUGAAUUAAUAAGAGAUAUCAAAGUUAUUAGAGAAACUAGAGACAGUCUGAAAGAAGACUUCACGAAAAUAUCGGCGAAAAAGGAAACUGUAAGAUUCGAUGAAACAGUUAGAAAAUAUUCGGCGAAACUUUUUUAUUUGAAAAGCAAGCAUGAACAACAUUUAAAUAUAAGAAACGAAAUGCUACACCAAAUUGGUUCCUUGUGGUCAGACGUUUUAAUGACCAGAGAAAAAUCAGGGAAAGUUAAGACUGGCUACAUUUUAGACAUUGAUAAAAGUACGAAAGAUUCUGAAGAAUACGAAAAAGAAUGGUCUGAAGUAUUUAAUAUAGAAUACACUGAUAAACUUGAUAGAAUUGAAUAUGACUAUGUUACGAAAUAUGUCGAGUACAAAAAUGCAAAAGCAAAUAAAUUACAAUCUAAAAUGAAUAAACCCAAAUUAGAUUUUGAUGAAGAUAUAAUAAAAAAGGAAGCGGAAACUAUUGCUAAUAAAACAGUAACAAAAGAUAAGAUCGACAUAAGCCUCAGACAAGAUCUUAAAUUAAUAUCAGAUAGACGAAAAUCUCAGAAACAGGAAUCUAAAAAGUAUUUUUUUAAGAUAUUCGUAGAUGACGUGUUUGUUUGUGAGUCUGACGCAUACGAAAGUAGCCCAGUAGAUAAAACUAACGUGGAAUUUACGGAAUCUUUCUCAGUACAAAUACUACCCAAAAACACUGAAAUAACAAUAGAGUUAUUUGAACAAGACGAAUCUGUAUCUUACGUAAAAAUAGCUCUAAACAAAAUAAAAGAAACUAGUGUCAAUGCAGAAAAUAAGACUGAAGUAUUUGUUUAUAACAACAUUGUAGAACCCAAUCCCAAACAUGUUGGUUGUGGACAUAACAUCAAAGAAAUAGCAGCAGAAAAUAAAGUAAGAUUGAAAAGCAGUAAUCUGUUUAAAGGGAAUUUGUAUACAACUUGCGAGGUAAGUUUGCAAAUGGGCUGGAAUGAGAAAUUAAAUGAAAACGAGAUGGAGUCCAUCAAAUCUUCCAUGGAAAUAGGUAGAAAGCUUAAGAGAUUAAUACAUGGUAUUGAUAAGCCUGAUAUUGAUGCGUUGAAAAAUAUAAUUGAAAAUAUAUAUGAAAAGGACAUUGGAAAUGACGAAGAAAUAAUAAAUACCUUGAGACGUUUAUCCAAAUUAAAUGUCGCUUCUGAUGAUAAUAUUCCUAUAGAUAAACAAAGUCCGGAAUUCAUCAGACUAAGACUCUUACAUCUACGAAAUAACGGUGGUUUUACAAAUGUAGAAAAUAAAAUUAUACCUUUAUUGGCAAGUCAAAUUUCAACAGAGCAGUUGAACUGUCUCCAAAAGAGUACAGAGAAUGAGUUCGAUGUUCAAUAUUAUGAUAAUCAAGAUAUGGACCCAAUAGAGAUACAGAGGUACAUCGGGGCCAAAUAUGUGGAGAAGUUGAAUAAGAAUAUGCUGAAGAAUUUAAGUGAGCACCUGUUGAAGAAAACUCAUAAAGAUGUCGUACGGGAUUUCAAGGAUUUGAGUUUAAGGGGCCUCUUCUCAAACCAGUCCAACCUAUCCCUGGCCCUCUCGAACAGCACUCGGCAACAACUUAUGUCAGAUGCUCUCCCCAAAGAGCACGAGAUCCGCGUGAGCGUGUUCCGUGCUCUCGGACUGUGGGAUCGCAGUGCUCCGGUGGUUCAGAACGAUGAUGAUGAUGAGAAAAUCGCUGGUUUCAAAAUUCGGCCUCUUCGUCCUUUCGUUCGCGUGUCCUAUCAUAAGAUAUCGGAGCAAACUACUCCUGCCAUUGGCUGCCAUCCUACCUGGAAUCAAACUCUAAAGAUCAAGACUAAGCUGUCUCCGCUUUCAACAAUCCAAGUGAAUGUAUUCGAUGAAGAGCGGUCACCGGUCGCAGAUGAUUCCGACCAGCCGCUUACUGUCCACUACCGUUGUCAAAAUAAGUGGCUUGGCUGCGUAGAGGUUCCAUUGAAGACGGUUCUGGAUAUGGGCAUGCUAAAAGGCACCUUCAAGAUAUCCUCGCCACCCUUCCUUCUAGGCUACGAGAGUGCCCCCAAAAACUCCCACUCUUUGAUACCUGAGGUAACUCAGCUCAUGAGUAAAGAAGCAGCUUUCGUGUCACUUCAGAUAACCAGCAGCCUUUCACAUUUGGGAGGAGGACAGGGCUACAAUCAACCAGUCCCAACCGAUCCUGACGACUACAUUAUCCGACAUCUGAACAACUUUGUCACCGAGUACACGAACGAGUUCCCUUCCAGAAACAUCUCCCUCACGUACAUAAAUAGUACGGGUCACAACAAGUCUGUGACGCAUUUCCUGCAGCCCAUCCCGCCGCCGGAUUAUGAGAAUAACUUUCCGAAGAAUCCUAAGAGCGGGUCGGCUAUGUCGAAGAGUUCUCGAUCGUCGAGCAGUGGAAGGAAGAAAGACGCGAUCGAAGAAGGAACCGAAUUGGAAUCAAUCUACAGCGGGUUCAGCGGCAAAGCGGAUAAUAUGGGGAAAAUGAUGGACGCGUGCUUGAGAUACGUGUCACUGAUACCGUGCUAUGAGCCAGUGGACAGACGAGUUGUCACGUUACUGGGGGUGGAACUCCUAAAAGUACUCCACGGCUCCCCCCUCGACCACGCCAUCCUCCUAACCAGCUAUUUUCUCCACCUAGGCCUCAAAUGUUACAUCGCCGCAGGCCUAGGUCUCCCCCGAGGCCUAAGCUUUUACGUCCUCACCAAAUAUGACAUAACCACCCACAGGAUGGUCAUGUCCAGUGAUCAGUAUAAGAGUAAACUGUUUGGGAGGAACGAUGGAUUUGUGUGGUAUGUUUACGAUGCAGUCGGCGGGGAGAGAUUUGAGUUGAGAGAUGUCAGUUGCCCGCUGAAGAGUGUGAAUUAUGUCUUUGAUAAUGAUAAUAUAUGGGUGAACGUCCAGUGUUCUCUCGAUUGUGAAAGCGUCUCUUUUGAUUUUAAUCGAUCUUCAGACUGGCAGCCUGUAUUCGACAAAUCUAUUUUCGUAAUGAAGCUCCCAGUAGUAACUGAUACCAGUCUGUACUCCGCUCCCGUCGGCGUCGAGAACUUACGAGUAGCCUUGGAGAGCCGGAUUAAAAGUAAGGUGCAGCAGUGGCGCCCUCACGUCAAGACUAUUUGGAACAGAUACUGUAGCACGCUGCUCCGAGAAGAGUUGCCGUUCUGGGAGUACUACGCCUUCAACCCCACGGAACAGAAACCGGGGUUAGGACAGCGGUUGAAACAACUAAUGGUCACACACAAGAUGUUCGGGUUCCCAUUAAACAUGCCAUUUGUCAACAUGAAAUCUGCCAUCUCGACUGUCAAAUCGACGGGCCUCCACGUGCAAGCGGACCCUAAUGCAGAGUUUGCGCUGGGGGUCGAAAUAUAUACGUACCCCAAUAACGUUAUUAGUGUAUGGGUGUUCCUGGCUAGCAUUUCUAGGAUAUAAGCAUAAAUACCUAAUAAAUACUGUUAACCAUAAGACAGAAUAAUGUCAAAUAUUACUCAAAAUUUAACUAAAAUUACCACCACCCGGCAAAUAUGCGACCUUUGACUUUAGAGUUAAAUUGAAAACUAGUAAUAUAGUGAACCCUCGCUACGCUCAGGAUUCUUUUGUAAGUGUCCUUGCUUAUAAUGUAAAGUGUCGGUUUAGGAUAAAUGUAUCUUCUGGAGACAGUUUAUCAAACAAAAACCCUUUACAGAAGAGCAAUAUAAAUUUAUUAUUAAAACUAUACCAGGAUACUUAAAAAAAAAA